CUUUUGUUAAGAUAAAAAUUAUGCUCCCCUCUCGAUGUGGGGUUACAAAGAAAUCAUAAAUAAGCUCAGCUCUAUGUAUUGACAGGACAUGAACUUCUACUGAAAGCUCAUUAUCCUGAAAUACAGAGGUUUCCUUUCUAAACAGUCUCAGAUGAGACCUUCGCCUGUGCUUGAAAUUGAAACAAAAGAUGCCAAAUAAAGUAUAAUAUAAUGAAUAACUUUGAUUGGGCCCAGCUGCAUCUACCUUCAACCAAGUUCAAAAGAAGUCGCAGGUAAACUACUCGGAAAGGGGAAAAUGUCUGAAGGAAGUGAAGAAAAAGAAGCGAAGCUUCUGCUUCUAAGAGACGCAGGCGUAAGGCUAAGGAGCUAGAUAUUAGAGAGAGGCUUCUUAGGUUGAGAGAGCGUAUCCUUAAUCAUAGCCUAACUGAGUUAUUUCUUCAUCAAGGAAAGCUCAGAGUGCUCAUAGGAUGAAAAUC